AUGUUCAUAGUCAAACUGCUCUCGUGUGAACAGUCGUCCUCCUGUCCUGGAGUAAUUAUUCCGUUUACCUGGUACACUGGAAGUGUGCACAUUGUUGCCAGACGUGAAUUCGUCGAUUAUAUCCACAAUAAUCCGAAAGCCAUCCACCUGCUCAACGUCCUGAGACAUCAUGAGUUGACCAGAAACGUGCGAACCAUCACAGACGAGACAUUCUUUUCCACACUGAAUCACAAUCCGGAUACGUUUCCUGUGCCCGGUGCGUUUCUGGGCGAACACGAACCGAAAGCCAUCAAGUCUGUCGCACGCUACAAAGUUUGGGACUGGCAGGACAAACCUUGUGGCACCGGUUAUUGGGUGCGAAGAAUAUGCAUGCUUGGAUUAAAGGAUUUACCAUCCCUGCAAACUGCACCAGAGUUUUUCGCAAACAAAUUCAUUGUGUCCGUGGAACCGGAAGCCUAUGACAAACUGGAACAGUGGAUCAACGAAAAGGUCGAGUACGAAUGUGAACGAAAUGAGCUACACCCUUCGUUUAAUCGGACAUAUUACUCCUCCUUAGAACUGAGUUGGAACCAUUUGUGAAUACGGACAAUCCGGGGACAUCCCCUGGCCCGCCAGUGAUUUAUAAGUCAUAUCGCAUCCACUCACACGCAGACACAUACUUUGCUCUAGAAAUAACAGAAAUUCAGACAACAACACAUAGAUUUGCAACCUUGUUUUCGCCAGAGUACACCGAUCAAGUAGUCAGCUUUCUGAUCUGUACGCACUCUCUUUCCAGUGUGGUGGGAAUAUACUUCCUCCAAAAAGCCCCCCCUAAUCCCCAAACUGUACAUGACUGAACAGUGUACCUUUUUUUACCGAGUGCCAGUGUAAAAUGCAGCCAAAAGCAGUGCCUAAUGAUGAUGAUGAUUUGUCGAAAGUUAAAC